CUAAAAUAUAGCCUAGCCAAGAAAAUCAAAUAGUUUUGACGUAAUGUUGUAUUAUUCCCUUUAUUUAUGAUAAAAAUUUGAAGUGAAUAAAAUUUGCUUGAUAAAUCCUCAGUUUACCUAAGAAGAUAAAAUCAUGGCUCGUCGUAAAAACAAAAAACAAAUGCUGAUAGAAAUGCUUACGCGGCCCCAAAAUGUGGAUCCAUCCAAGUCGCUGGAAAAUCAAAAAAAUCCGGAUUUAAAGCAAAAAACGAUGGUUGCGGCGGCCGCGGCCAAAGGAAAUAACCUUCCUCGACCCUUGAAGAGGGAUAUUAUCCGCAAGAUUUGCAGAUUGCCACCAGAAACGUGCAAUCAGAAGACAAAAGCGCAAGUGAUGUACUACAAUUCCAACUACGGAAGGGUUAAGAAAGCCAAUCUCAGCCGAACCGAUUUUCACGAGCCUACUUGUCCCAAAACUCGCAGAUCGACAAAAGCCAAUGAAAACCAGAAAUUUAGUACUGCGUCCAGGCAGAGGACGCAAAAGAAGAAAACAAAAUAAUCUUAAGUCUUAAAAUCCUUAUGGAUAUACUAUAUAUUAUAUUCUUGGAUGGCAUGAUUAUGUGUUCCAGGUCUAAGUGUUCACCAAGUCAUGUGAAUUUUUAUACAUUUUUCAUGUACAUAGCGCCUUGUGAAAAUACUGCUCAAUACACGCAUCUUUUAAACCCUA